CCAGCUGUAACCGCCACUUCCGGGUUCAGCAGUUCAGCAGGCAGGUCCAAGUCCAAAAGCUUCUGAACACACCACGGGGUGAAGCCAUGGCUCCAGUCCGAGCCCUGAUAGUCGGUGCUGGGAGCAGAGGAGAGGUGUAUUCACAGUUCUCCCUCGACAACAGUGAGCGUUUUCAGGUGGUUGGUGUUGCUGACCCGCGGCUGUUCAGGUGCCAACGUUUUCAGCAGCAGUAUAACAUUCCACAGGAGAAUGUCUUCACAGACUGGCAGCAGGCGGCGGAGAGGGAGAAGUUUGCCGACUGUGUUGUCAUAGCAACCCCAGACCAGCAGCACAAGGCUCCCGCCGUGGCGUUCGCUGAUCAUGGCUACCACAUACUUCUGGAGAAACCCAUGGCAGUUACAGAGUCAGACUGCCGUGAGAUAGUGUCAGCCUGUGAGAGAAACAACGUCAUCCUGUCAGUGUGUCACGUGCUGAGGUACUAUCCACCUGUCAGGAAGAUCAAGGAACUGAUUGACAGUGGAGCCAUUGGAGACGUAGUUCACAUCCAGCACAUGGAACCAGUGGGGUUCUGGCACUUUGCUCACUCCUAUGUGCGAGGAAACUGGCGGAACACUGCGGGCAGUAGCUUCUCGCUUCUCGCCAAAAGUUGUCACGAUGUUGACCUCAUACGCUAUUGGCUCAGUGGUGCAAGGUGUGUCAAGGUGUCCUCCUUUGGAAGUCUCAUGCACUUCAGGCCUGAGAACAAGCCCACAGGUGCAGCCAGCAGGUGUCUGGAUUGCCAGGUGGAGAACAGCUGUCCUUACUCUGCUAAGAAGAUCUACCUGACGAGGGUGAAACAGGGACUGACAGGUUGGCCAGUCAGUGUGGUGUGUCCUCAGGAACCGGUGGACGUGGAGAGCCUUACCGAGGCACUGAGGACUGGCCCGUAUGGACGCUGUGUGUACGAGUGCGACAACGACGUUGUUUCCAAUCAGGUGGUUAACUUCCAGUUUGAUGGUGGCCAGACGGCUUCUUUCAACAUGGUGGCCUUUACUCAGGAGAUCUGUGAGAGACAGACCAGGAUCUCAGGCACCAAGGGAGAGCUACGCUGCUCUGGUCCAGGCCCCGUGUAUGUCUAUGACUUCCUAACUCAGACGACCGCAGAGCAUCGCUGUGCAGUGGCGCCCCCUAACAGGAUGCGUGACAAUCACGGCGGUGCAGACUUCUUUCUGAUGGAUGCCUUUGUCAGGGCCGUCCAGAGUGAUGUCCGGUCUGAGGUACUGACUGGACCUCGGGACACCCUACAGAGCCACCUGCUGGUGUUUGCUGCCGAGCAGGCUCGACUUCAGGACAAAGUCAUGACUGUACACCCAGAUGGCUCCUAUAGCUAAACACAACUACAGGACAGAGUCAUGACUGUACACCCAGAUGGUUCCUAUAGCUAAACACAACUACAGGACAGAGUCAUGAAUGUACACCCAGAUGGCUCCUAUAGCUAAACACAACUACAGGACAGAGUCAUGACUGUACACCCAGAUGGCUCCUAUAGCUAAACACAACUACAGGACAGAGUCAUGAAUGUGCACCCAGAUGGUUCCUAUAGCUAAACACAACUACAGGACAGAGUCAUGACUGUACACCCAGAUGGCUCCUAUAGCUAAACACAACUACAGGACAGAGUCAUGACUGUACACCCAGAUGGCUCCUAUAGCUAAACACAACUACAGGACAGAGUCAUGAAUGUACACCCAGAUGGCUCCUAUAGCUAAACACAACUACAGGACAGAGUCAUGACUGUACACCCAGAUGGUUCCUAUAGCUAAACACAACUACAGGACAGAGUCAUGACUGUACACCCAGAUGGUUCCUAUAGCUAAACACAACUACAGGACAGAGUCAUGACUGUACACCCUGAUGGUUCCUAUAGCAACUACUGGACAGAGUCAUGACUGUACACCCAGAUGGUUCCUACAGCUAAACACAACUACAGGACAGAGUCAUGACUGUACACCCAGAUGGUUCCUAUAGCAAAACACAACUACAGGACAGAGUCAUGACUGUACACCCAGAUGGUUCCUAUAGCAACUACUGGACAGAGUCAUGACUGUACACCCAGAUGGUUCCUACAGCUAAACACAACUACAGGACAGAGUCAUGACUGUACACCCAGAUGGUUCCUAUAGCUAAACACAACUACAGGACAGAGUCAUGACUGUACACCCAGAUGGUUCCUAUAGCAACUACUGGACAGAGUCAUGACUGUACACCCAGAUGGUUCCUACAGCUAAACACAACUACAGGACAGAGUCAUGACUGUACACCCAGAUGGUUCCUAUAGCUAAACACAACUACAGGACAGAGUCAUGACUGUACACCCAGAUGGUUCCUAUAGCAACUACUGGACAGAGUCAUGACUGUACACCCAGAUGGUUCCUACAGCUAAACACAACUACAGGACAGAGUCAUGACUGU